ACAUUCUUAUCUAGGAAAUCAUUGUAAACAUUAUUAAACGAUAUAAUACGCUCUGCUUUCGACAUUCUCUGUUUAGUUUCUAGUCUUCGCUGCCAUGUUUAUUUCUACUCAAAAGUCCAGAAAAAUAGAAUCUGUCCAAAAACUGUCUGAUUGACUGAACUUCAUCCAUUCGUCAUGUGUCAUUGUCACCGCUAAAGACUAGGAGAAACAAAAGAAAAAUGUGAAAAUUUGACCAAAAAUAUAACAGGUUGUGAAAUUCUAGAUUUUUUUUUAUGUUUAGAGUGGUUAUUUAUAAAUUCCAACAAUGAUAUUAAGUUGGGUAAACAGAUUUACACAAACCGGAUGGUCUAGAGGUGAGAGAUGGUCUAGGAUAAAUUUCUUCAAGUUGUCAUUCUCUACAGAUGGGACUCCGAAAGUGUUAUACCUUAAAAGCCGUACCCUAGUUAAAGUCAGUGGACCUGAAGCUGGACAAUUUCUUCAAGGUCUAAUAACAAAUGACAUCAAGCAUCUUGAAGAUGCUGGCGCACAAUCCAUGUACGCCAUGUUCUUGAAUAAGGGAAGAGUUCUAUAUGAUACCCUGGUACACAAAUGGGCAGGAGAGAAUGUAUUUAUGCUAGAGUGCGAUAAGAUAGCAUUCUAAUUUGUUACAAAAACAUCUUAAAAUUUAAAAUUGAAAAGAGAGUUUCAAAUUGGAGAUGUCAGCCGUCUAUUCAAUGUGUGGGCCUUAAUAGGACCCCCAGACUUGGAAGUAUCCCAUGAACAAGAGAAGCUCAAUAUAAGUUUAUUCAAGGAUCCACGACUGCGGGAGCUUGGCUACACUGUAACAUCAACAGAUGUGGCCAAUUUGGAUCUUCACAAUACUUUUGGGAAAGAUAUUGUCAUCAAAGAUGAUGAGCAAGAGUAUCAAGCAUUGAAGUACAGUUUAGGUGUGAGUGAGGGGGCUGAAGACUUGUUCCCUGGCUCUUGCUUUCCUCUAGAAGCUAAUUGUGACUAUCUCCAUGGAAUUAGUUUUCAUAAAGGGUGUUACAUUGGUCAAGAGCUGACUGCUCGUAUUCACCAUACUGGUGUUGUAAGAAAAAGAAUUAUGCCUAUAGUCAAAAAUAUAAGCAACGAGGAAGAGUUAGAAAAGGAUGCUGCAGUCUGGGCUGCCUCUGAACCUGCACAAAUCAAAGUAGGAAAAUUAAAAAGUCGUGUGCAAGACGUCGGAUUAGGUUUAGUUAGGAUAAAAGAGGCUCUAGAAGCUAAAACUUUAACUGUAGGGAAGACCCCAGUUGAAAUAAUAAAGCCGUUCUGGUGGCCUAUGGAAGCCACUAAGGAAAGGUUAACAAUAGUUAAACCUGAAUUUGAGGCAGUUGAUACAAAUGAUGCAUUCAAAUUUAGGUAUGCAUUUUUCACUAAUGAGCAUAAACAGAAAUGA